AUGAGUCAAUCACUGUCUCUGCCUCCGUAUUUUGACGGAAGCAACUAUGCCUAUUGGAAAGUUAGGAUGCAUGCCUUUCUUAAGUCCUUAGAUGAACGUGUUUGGAUGAGCGUACAAAAUGGUUGGAAACCUCCUUCUACAACUGUGUCAGAAUUUAGGAAAGUAUCAAUGUGUGAAACUGCUAAAGAAGUAUGGGACAUUCUAGAAACUACGCAUGAGGGAACCAAAACUGUAAAAAAUUCAAAAUUGCAAAUGCUGACCUCAAGGUUUGAAGAAAUCAGGAUGAAGGAUGAUAAAUCUUUUGAUGAGUUUUAUGCCAAAUUGAAUGACAUUGUUAACUCUAGUUUCGACCUAGGUGAGAGGAUUCCCGAACCCAAAAUUGUGAGGAAGGUUCUUAGAUCUUUGCCCGAGAAAUUUAGACCUAAAGUUACAGCUAUUGAAGAAAGCAAAGAUCUAGAUACAAUUAAGAUAGAAGAACUCGUAGGAUCCCUUCAAACCUAUGAACUCACCAUUUCACAACCAAGAAAGAACAAGUCCAUAACCCUGAACACUGUUAGAGAAGGGGAGUCUAAAUCAUCUGACAUGGAAACUCUUAGAGAUGAGGAGAUUGCCUACUUUAAAAAUCUAAAGAAGGUGAAUAGGAAGGCAUUAGCUGUGUCCUUGACUGAUGAUGAUUCUAAUUUACGUGAACAAAGUGAUUCCUCAAGCAGUGAGGAGGAAAAUUGCUAUAUGGCUUUUGUAUCUACUGUCAAGAGCGAGUCAGACAAGGAGAGUGAGAAGGUUGAGGAGGAAGUUGAGAGUAACAAGUCCAGUGAUGAUUCGGAGGAUGAGACGGAUAUACAUGAGACUUAUCAACUCCUGUUUAAAGAGAGUCUCAAGAUCAAAAAGGUAAAUAAAGCCCUUUUUAAGAAGGUAGACGAGUUUGAGAGAGAGAAGGAGAAAAUCACCUAUGAUCUUCAAGUCUCGUCUAAGAAUCUAAGUGAGUUGAAGUGUGUUAAUGAGAUAUUAGAGGACAAGGUCAAGACAUUGAUCUGUGAAUUAGAGAGAUCCAACACUCAACUGCAAUCAUUUGUGAAUGGAACUAAGAAACUAGACGAUUUGUUAGGAAUGAACAAACCAGCUGGAAAUAGGCAAGGUCUAGGAUUUGUGAAGAGUGAUAGCAAUAUAUCUAAUGUUUCAACAAAUCCAGAAUUCAAAGACAAAAACUUUAAUGGACUGAAGACCAUUAGAGUGCUUGUUCUAGACACGUGUGGUAACAAGGCCUUAUUCUCUACCUUUGAUGACUGCAACGGCGGUGUAGUUACCUUUGGGGACGGAGUUACGGCACCCAUCCGAGGCAAAGGCUCCAUCACCAUUGCUGGACUUGUUACAAUAUCCAAUAGAUGCACUGUUUAUGACACUUUUGGUGAUGUUGUUCUUGAAGGUGUUAGAACAUCUGAUAACUGUUAUGGAGUUCUUCCAAACUCGAACUAUUUAUGCAGUAGUGCUGAAAUUGAUAUGUCUGAACUUUGGCAUCAAAGACUCGGUCAUGUUAACUACAGAAGUCUGUCUAAAUUGGUCAAAAAGCAGAUUGUCGAUGGUUUACCUAGGAUUGAUCAAAGUGAGAAUGCUGUGUGCAAGCCGUGUCAACAAGGAAAGCAACUCAGGAUAAACCAUAAGCGAACCUCGAAAAUCCUAACGAAUAGACCCCUAGAACUUUUUCAUAUAGUUUUAAUGGGACCAUCUAGGGUAGAGAGCCUAGGAGGCAAAUGGUAUAUCCUGGUUGUGGUAGAUGAUUUUUCUAGAUUCACCUGGAUUGAUUUCUUGAGAGAAAAAUUUGAGACGGGUGAUCUGGUUAAGUCCUUAUACAAAAGACUCAAAGUUGAACAAAAUCUUCCUAUUUUUAGGGUUCGAAGUGAUCAUGGAAAAGAAUUUGAAAACUUCAAUCUAGAAAACUUCUGCUUGGAGGAAGGGAUUAAGCAUAAGUUCUCCUCACCAAUCACGCCACAGCAAAAUGGUGUUGUUGAGAGGAAGAAUAAAGUGCUUCAAGAAAUGGCUAGGGCCAUGCUUCACGACAAGGAUCUAGCAAUGCAAUUCUGGGGUGAAGCUAUUAACACCGCGUGCCACAUAAUGAAUAGGGUAUACUUGAGACCGAAAUCAGACAAGACUCCCUAUGAAAUCUGGAAAGGCAAGAAGCCUACCAUUAAAUACUUUCGGGUAUUUGGCAGCAAAUGUUACAUUCUGAGGGAUAGAGAAAAUCUAGGCAAGUUUGAUUCCAAAAGUGAUGAUGGGAUUUUUCUGGGAUAUUCUAAGAACAGUAGAGGAUACCGAGUUUACAAUUUGCAUACUCAGAGUGCCUUGGAAUCUGUAAAUGUUGUUAUUGAUGAUGCCUUUACUGAGGGGGAGAGUACUGAAAAAUGA